AUGUUGCUUUUGUCCAAGGUGGACGUAAAUUUACUGGAAUUUGAUAAACGCACUUUGUCUAAGAAUAUCGUCAAUUUAUAUUUCAAUGAUGAGACUUUAUCAGAAACAUCAAUUGACUAUCAAAGGGGAGACAGCGAUUACUCCAACACGUUCGAACUGUCAAACAAUGAGUAUUUGUCGUACCACUUUUCCAUGGAUUUCAGUGUUUUGACUCUCUACACUAUCGGCAGUAUCACAAAUGGAAAAACUGUAAAUUUAUUUUUGCCAAAUCCAACAUUGAACAAAAAUUACACUUUCACCAUUCAGGAGAUCGACACAAAACUGGCAAUCAAUAUGAUAUUACGGGAUGGCGUAGUCCUGUCCAUUGCCCUACCCAUUGAUUUUCUACACUCUGACAACGAGUCACUUGGUGAAAAUUGGUUCAAUAUCCUUAACCCAUAUGAUUUCACAGUGCGAGUUCCUCAUCUUCUUUGUGCUGUUUCUGCAGAAUUUUUUAUCGUGUUUCUCGAGGAUGGCGGAUUACUGGGGCUAAGAAAAUGUGAGAAUUCUUAUUUGGAGCCAAUAUUAUUCAACGAUAACUCAUAUUUGCAGAGUAUAACACAAAUAUUUACAAGAAAACAAUCAACUAAAUGUGAAAGAGCUAUUUCCUGCGUUGUAUAUUUGCAGAAAUUUUUAAUUGUUUUAACCCAGCAUUGUCAUUUAAAAUUUUGGAACCUGCAGGAUUUCUCUUUGGUUCUUGAGGUGAAUUUGGCCGAAAGCAAUUACUUUGAAAAUGCAGUUAAUAGGACCUAUGAAGCACCAGGAGAAUAUAUGACAAUGUUCAGUAACUUUUUAACCAUUUAUCUACCAUUUGGAAAUGGCAUUUUCCAAAUUGCCGAGCUUAGCGUCGAUGGCAAAGGAAAAAUUAUUUUCAAUCGGAAAAGUGUAAUUCCAACAAAUCUUUCAUCAUCAUCAAUCUGGUCAUUAGUCGAUUUGGCAAUGUUAAAACCAUUGGAUUUCAACUUGAGUUCAUCGUAUCUAAACAUUGCGGUCUUAUGGAAAAGUGGUUGCAUUAGCAAACUGCAAGUUCUAAAUCUUUCAGAUGAAGAUAUGCAGGCACACGAGUGGAUAGAAUCUACCAACAGGUCAUUAAGCGAUAUGGAAGCGGAACAAGAUUUAAAGGUGAAUGGCGAUACUGAAAAAGGUUACCUUAAUUUGAAAACGCGCUACUCGGAAGAAGCCUUUAAACAAGCACACAAAGUAUUAAGUGAAAAUAAUAUUAUUAUUUUGGCUGGCGAGCCAUGCACUAUGGAUUAUUUGGCUAACUUAGAAACAGUUUUGCGAGAUUUGAAAAACAAAAGUGACGAAGUCUCCUCUUUGACUAUAUACCGAAAUGAGAUUAUUGUCACAAAUUGUUUACGAAGAUACAAUUAUUCUGUGUUCGCCAUAAAUUCAACGCUAGAAAAUGUUUACUACAAUAUUCAUAAUGAGUAUAAUGAAGAUGACCUGACACGAUACUUGAAGUCAUUGCAUGGGUUCUCAACCACUUUGUCAAGACAAGUAUUAUCAAACGUUGCUGAAAAAUUCAUCGCGAUCGUCAGUGGUGAAAUUUCAAAGAGUCAGACAUUAAAUGAAAAAUUUACUAGCAUUUUCAAGAGUGAUUUAGAGUCAAAUUUUGAGGUUUCAAAUUUGAAGCUACUAUUUGGAGCUCUCAGUUCGCUUGAUAUUAUAGCACUUCUUAAUGAUCUCAUAUACAAUCACAUCAACGAUCUUACAGCGCACGCCAAUGAUUUUAUUGUGUCGAUAAUUAGAGAUGGUUUUUCAUCAGUUGUUAUAAUGGAGAGUUUUUAUCAGGUUAUUUUCAUUCAACGUCAUUUCGUAUUCCAGGUUUUGUUGACUUUUGCAUUUUUGGAUUUUGACUCUACAUCGUUUUCAAAUCAAUUGAAUAUUUUGCUUGACUUACAUUUUAAGCAGUCCCUAAUUUUAUCACUUUAUCGAAUCGAUAAAUGUCUAUUGAUUGAAGACGUUUUUGCCAAGACUACAAGGCCAAAGUUGGGAAUUCAACUAGGAUCAUAUUCUCAGUGGAGGAAUUUUCUCGCAUGUUGUCUGUCUAACAUUUAUGACAGCUCUUUGGCGAUGAAUUUCUACUUCAUGAGAUUUUUCGACACGCAUGUUUGUCGUUAUCAAACAAUAGAUGAUCAAAGACGAUUCAAAAGCAAACUUUUAAUGGACAUCGGGUGGUCAUUUUAUAUCCGCGAUGACCAAGUUGAAGAGUUAAUGCUGGCAAUGAUGUUUUUUGUUUGUGAUCAGUAUGAACGGGCUUAUGAAUUCUUUCAAUUGCACGAUUACGCCGUGUCAAUUGCUGAGUCAUUACCUUUGUGCAUUAGUGAUUUAGCAAAUCGUCCCGCAAAUAACAUAUGGAAACCACUAGUUUCAUCAUUUAAAGUUCCUUAUAGACAUUCCUCAUACUACUAUGAACUAUCAGUUCUUUUUUUCAGAGGAAAUAGUGUCGAUUAUGCUUUCAAGUGCAUCAAGAAAUCCAUUGAGUACUCAAUGAAAAAUGUUGAUAUAAUUGAGCCUGUGGAAUUUAGACAAUACCAAUUGAAGCUGUAUUUAGAUCUUCUUUUCCAUUUCAGUCUGUUUGCUGAAGGAUUGGACGUUUUGCGGUUCAAUCACGACACCCUUUCAGAUGACAUCAGGAAGAAUUAUUUUGAAAAGGUAUUGCAGAGUACAGGACAAUCUGACACAUUUUUCGCAACCCUUUUAAAACUCUGCCAUUCACAUAAUAAUAGCCUAUAUCUCUCGAUUUCAGACUACAAAAUUAUCAAGAGCAUUCUCGCGUCCCAGCUGCAGGAUAAUAACUGGACAAAUUUGAAGAAACUUUAUUGUUUUCAUGUUGUAAACAACCAUGAAAGGGCCGCUGCAGAGUUGAUGUACCACUAUUCGAGACUGAAUCCUAAAGAUUCUGAACUGAAAAGAAGGUGCUUUCUGAUAGUUAUUAACGUCCUCUGUACAUUUGAUGAUGAGAGAGAUCGAUGGAUUUUGAAUGGAAGUGAGAUUUUGAAAAUUUCUGACCUGAAAAAGGAAUUGGAGAACAUUUAG